AUGACCAAGAAGCGCUGGCUGCUCGUCGGCGGCGGCGCUGUCCUCAUCCUCAUCAUCAUCGUCGCCGUCAUCGCCAUCUACAUGAACUCGAACAGCGCCACGUCAUCCGCCGAGAGCGACUUGGCCGAGGACAGCCCGCCCUCGUCGAUCAGCAAGUCGGCCGGCACGUCGACCUCGGGCGUGUCGGGUACCGCAUCGUCGGCGAGCAUGUCGGAGGGCAGUGUCGACGGCGCGAGUGCGUCGGGCGGGCCUGCGAGCGCUGUCAGCGCGAGCGAGGCGCUCUCUUCUCAUCUUCAGCUCGGACCCUCGUCAGCGGCAGCAUCGGCAUCGCCGCCGGGCGCAGCUAGUGUCGGCGGCCACGAUCAGGAAACCUGGGCGACGGCUACGCCCUCGCGCGCCGAGUCGCCCGCCGGUGCGCGCUCAACCACGGCCGCGCCAGCUGCGACCGGCUCGGCCCCGCUCGGUCCCGCCGUCGGUGGCUCCCGCUCGCCCGACUCGACCGCCGUGUUCCUCGACCCGACCGUCUCGGUCGUACCUCGCCCUGCGCCUCGGCCGGCCGCAUCGGCGUCGUCGCCUCUAGCGAGCGGCGUCGCCAACGUCGGAUGGACCGGCUCGACCCAGACGACCUCGUCGGCCGAGCAGGGCGCUGUCGCCAAGAUCUCAACGACGGCCACAUGGUUCUCUGCCGGGAGAGAGCCUGACUCGAGCCUGUUCGUCAUCGUCGCAGACCAGCAUCUCUCGGCGUGCCAGCAGACGUUCGCCGACGCCGACAUGGUCGCUGCCGUCGCGCCUGACAUUUUCGGCUCGGAUGGCUCGACCGUCUCGACUUUGUGCGGCGCCGAGCUCCACGUGUGGCAGCCCGACUCGAACGUCACCAUCUCGGUCAAGAUCGGCGACGUGUGUAACGCAUGCCCAACCCCGACCGCCCUCGACCUCUACCAGUCGGCCUUCCUCGCUCUCGCCCCGGGCGGUGCCGAUGAUGCCGCCGCAGCCCUCGACGCCGGCGUCCUCGCCGUCCAGUGGUGGUUCGCCGACACCAAGGUGCAGCAGACGCUCGAUUUUGGGUUCGAGGAGUGGGCGGCGGCGGGUCGGCGAGAGUGAGGGCUCGAGCGGGGCAGCUGCAGGUUUGAGAAGGUCGAGCGUGGCGGAAGAUGCCAGCGGUGCAACAAAGCUAUGCUCUCUGCGC